CCUGGGCCAGUCUCCCAAACACUCUGGCGUUGACCCCAGAAGAGACACCGUGUAGGACUCCUGCAUCAGGAGCUGUCAAUCACUUCUUUCUUCUCCUGAAGCAAGAAAAGCGAGGAACACCUAGAAGGCACUCUGCUCCUCUGGAACCAAAGGUACGGCUGCUAAAAUAUCCCACCACGUCUUCGGUGUUGCGACACACUUUGAGUCUUCUCCUUCUUCUUCUCAGUGCAUGGAGAAAUUGAAGGCCACAACAUGGCGUCACAAAUCCCAGCACUCCCACAAUCCUACGCUCCAGGCACUGACAGCGUCUUCUCUGACCAGUCAGGCUUUUACGCUCUGGACUCCAAUGUACCCGGGCUUUCAAAGGUUAUUCUGAACAAGCUCAACAUGACUGACUACGGAGAGUACAGGGCUGCCCUUGAGGGAAAAGCAAAAGGGAUCUCAUUCCGCAACUACAAGGAGUUGUUCCAAAAGAUGGAGGAGACUUUCAAGUUCUGCACCAGCUGCAACAAACUCCCCGAGCAUCUCACUGAGGGACAGACGCUGAAGCGCUGUGUGAAAUGUUUGAAUGUGUACUACUGCACCAAGGACUGUCAGAAAAAGGACUGGCCUCUGCAUAAAAAGGUCUGCAAGAAGCUGCGCCUGGUUGCCAUCGACAGACUUGUGGAGUGGCUGAUGUUCACUGGAGGCCUCCCAUUCCCCACUGAAAACUGGUCAAAGUCCACUGCUGAGGUGAAGAACUGGGACGACUGGCUUUCUAUGCAAGGGGACCUCUCACCUCGUUUGGACACCAUCUUGUCUGGAACCAACAUGGAGACCCUUUGGAAAAACGCGUGCAGGCCAAGGCCGGAUGACUCUGACCUCAAGGAAUCUUUAUGGCGGAUUCAGAGCGAGUUCCUCUCUCGGGUUCUUACAGUUGGGAUGGCCAUGCAACAAUUUAGCCUUGACCCAUAUGCCACACCGCUCACUAUUCACCUAGCAGGAGCGUCCCACAAUGAGACCAUGGGAGCCAGACUGACAGACUUUGACGAACUGAGCAAAAUGUUCCCUGGACACCAGGGCAUUGAGAUUGUCAUGGUGGGACCAGAGGUAGUGGACGGUCCUAUCAUGAGACCCCCGCUAACUGCAUUUGGUCCCAGGCAGAAGGUCUACAUCAGCGCCUACAAAGGUCUCUACCACCAGUUCUGGGAGGAAGUUCUUGAAAAAGGGCAGGCAGCCAAGCCAGACUUGGUGGUUGGAUUUCACCCUGGGUUCCAUGCUAACCAGGGUCUGGUAGAAGGUUGGCUGCCCACCCUGCUACUACUCAGAGAUUAUAACAUCCCCUCUUUCUUCACUAUGUACAGCGAGAUGGAGCUCAAGUAUUCACUUCAGAUUCUGCUGGAGUUGGAGAUGCACAUUAAGGACAGUGGACCUAAUCCGUUCACCUCACAGAAACCAGAGCAGGUCCAAGCCUGCCCCAAUAAAAACCCUGUCUACUGCAACUCUCACUACAUCCGCUUCCAAGGACUGCUGCCUCAAGAGGAGCCUCUGCCGGACAUUUAAGAGGCUGACAUGAGGACAGUGAAACCAGUUUGGAGUUCCCCAAGUCCUCCAUUGUAAUGUAGUGAUUUCAAAACAUAAGUUUUGGACCUCCUGGACCCCUUUGUGGACUUUUGUAGCUGACAAAUCUUCACUACAUACCACAUUCUUUCAAUGCUGAAGCAAGUACCUUCCUAGAUUUAACACAGAAAUCAAUCAUCACCCAUUAUUUAGCCUGAUGGCACCUCAGGGCAGCAGUGAGGACGAAGCUCUGUACUCUGUUGGCACCCUGAGGUGACAUGGCUAUUUGAUAUAAAGGGUCAUGGGUGUACAUAUUUAAUGAGACCAAAAUUAGUUUUUUUUUUCAUCAUCUGAAGGUUUUCUUUUAAUUGCUCUGGGGGUAAAAAUAUUCCCAUGUCGCACAUUAAAUGCAUGAUCAGAUCUCAUGCAUACUAAUAUGGCACAUGGUACCAUUAGCAUGCAUGCUAAAGCCACAUUGUCUGAAUUAUGACUGAAAUACAGGUUUUCUUUUCUUCUUUA